AUUAUGGUUAUAUAACUCAAUAUAAGCGAGAAGUAUACAUGAAAAAAUAACAAAAUAUAUAUUUAUUAUUUAACCAAAGUAGCGCAGCAGAUUACGCCAUUACGGAUAGUACACUGCAGUAAGUGGGAGUCCUGUGUUCCGUGCUCGUUCGCAAGUCGACGUCAGUUCUAUUUCUCGAUAGACGCGACCUGUAUGUGACCGUAACUGCGCAGUAGUUGUGUUGAGACUUCGUAAAUAUGUGUGCCAGAUUUUGAAUUACUUAAUUGUUUUUACCGGAGAAAUUCAAUUUUAAUGAUUGACUGGAUACCUUGUUACGAUUGUGCAAUUUGCUGUUGUCAAGUGUUAGAUAUUCAUUUGUUUUUCAGACGAAUUCUAAUGAAUUCAAAGGUUUUCAGCGUUUACGAUAUAAUAUCAAGUCGUCCACCAUAAACUCAUUGGGUAUACUGUUCAUUCACAGGUCUGUUAAUUUCUAGUAGCCUGAGGAGUCUAAAACAAACUGUAUUUGAUUUAUUAGAAGAAGAAAAAAUGUUUUCUUCAAUGUUAAAAUUGCUUGUAACUGCAUCUAAUAAACAAAAUAAGAAUAACAGGGAAUCUAAACAAAAUACCAUUGAGAAUACUAGACAAAAUAUUGAUGUUCUCAAAUUAUUGAAUGAAAUCAAAGAUGACGAUUCUACUGAAAAUAUAGUUGUUUCUAAUGUAGUAUCUUUGGACAUUAGUACUAAACAUUUAUCAAUUGAUUCUGAUUUGGUUAGUAGUGUAAAUGACACUAAAAUAAUUGGAAAUAAAAACAAAACACCUGUUGAACAUACCAAGGAUACACAAUUAUUAAACCAAAUAAAAUCUUUGCAUUGUUUAUUUACAUGGAAUUUAAAAUCGCAAAAGAAGAAAGAUAUUAUUACACAUAUUAAAAACAAAUAUGGUAAUUACAAUUUAGACAUUUCUGUAUCAGAAUUUACAUUUGUAAGAUUCAUUGGUAAUUUAAUCAUAAGCUAUGAAUUAUAUAAAAAUGGUAAACCAAAUGAAAGUGAUACAAACAUUUUGGAAAUUGGUAAUUGGCUCGAAAAGUUGGAUAAAGGUACUGAUAAAUUUUACUUGUCUAUUAAUUCAGCCUUGAAGCACAUACAAAUGGCAAAUUUUGUUCAUAUGUUAUUUGCUGCAAAUGAAACUGGAGGAUUUAAAUGGUUACUUAAAGAAAUCGUUCCAUUUGACAACAUGGAUAAUAAAUCCAAAGCCGCUGUGUAUGCCACAAGAGCUGCUAUAUUAAUUGAAUAUGGUAAAAGUCUUGAAUGUUUUAAAAAUGCAUCAAAGUAUGCUAAAGAAGCAUGUGAAUUGGAUCCUACAACUUCUCACUGGUUUCAUAUUUAUUCGUUGGUGUUGACUGCUCAAAGACAGUUUGUGUAUACACACGAGUUAUAUUCAACUGAGAGACUACUGUUGCAGAAAAAUGCAUUAUGUCCAACAGAAAAUCAAAUUAACUUUGCAAUUCAGCAAGCUAUUAGUUCUUCUGAUGGAAAUAAUACUUAUUCUAUUAAUUUACUAGUAUUGACUUCUUUAAAUGAAUUGAUGGACAAUGAAUUUCAAGUGGCACAAAAUGGAUUACCUGUUAUAAAAACAGAUGAUUCAGAAUAUAUCAAAGAAAUUAAUACAGAAUCAAAUUUGAAAAAAGAUAUGAUGACAAUAGUAAAAAAGCAUAAAAACGGCGAAGAUGCCGUUCCUUUUCUUAAUGGUUUAUUUCCAAAAUAUAAUGAAAAUUACAAAUGGGAAAUUAUGGCUCAAAUUUGUUCAUAUACCAUAUUAUUCACAAAUAAUUUCAGAACUGGUGUUGAACAGUUUUUAGCACUAAUUGAAGAGCCAACAGUUUCAGCUAGUGAUCUUCUUUUACAUCAUAAAUCGUCAUUUAUUGGUUCAAAAAUAUUUAAUUUAGCAGAACUAAUUUGGAAUGAAAUCAAAUUGGCCACAGAAAACUCAAGUGCCCCUUUUCUCAUGGAUAAUUUAUUUUACUAUUCAACUUUCUUAAAGAUUAAUGAAACGUGUAAUCUAAAAAUAAGAGCUGUAGACCCAUUUAUGAGGUUCAAGAUAAUCAGCGAUCCAUCUGCUAUACCUAAUUGUGCAAAAACAAUGUACAACAAUGAAUUUGAAAUGGAACAAUAUUCUAAGUCCAGAAAUAUUUUUAAUAACUCCCAGCAACAGUUAAAUUUAACCCAGGGUACUAACAUAUAUUACAAUCAACAUUUUAACUCUUUUCAACAAUAUCAAUGUACAAACUCAAUUCCGUCGUUAAUGAAUUUAAAAUUUGAUCUAAUAUUUCAAUCAACAUUUUAUACAAAUAAUACAACAACCAAUAUUUCUUCAAUUUUAACACACAUAGAUACCAGUUUAACCAAACUGCCAAGAGGAUCAACCUCUCAAGCAACUUAUAAAGCUCGUCUCAAUAGCUUAUUACAAAAUUAUCCUCAUAGUUUUAGAAUAUAUACAGAUGCAUCAAAAAUUCAAAAUAAUGUUGGCAUUGCCAUUGUAUCUAAUAAGGAUUCAUACACCUAUAAACUAUCGUCUGACUAUACAUCAUCUGAAGCAGAAGCAGUAGCUAUAUUGAGGGCACUUGAUUAUGCGUUGGCAGAAAAUUUCAAUGAUUAUAUAAUUCUUAGUGAUUCAUUAAGUACUAUAUCGUGUAUUCAAAACAUAAAUACAGCAUCUGAUGUAGUUAAUAGUAUACUGUGUUUAAUACACGCACACCAAUUAAAAGGCAAUUUAAUGAAUUUAAUUUGGAUUCCAAGUCAUAAUGCGAUUGAAGGUAAUGAUAUAGCUGAUAAACUUGCAAGACAAAUUGCCACAUCAACUACUGCAAUCACUUAUUCUCAUAACUCAUUUAUGGCAACAAAUAUAAAAUCAAAAUUUUUAAAAUCAUGAAAAAUUUUUUAAUCAAGCAUUAAAUAAGAGCAAUGAAAAUAUUAAGUUUAUUUUGAUUUGGCCAAUUACUUAAUUAUAAGAAGAAUUUAAAUUGUUUAAUCUUAGCAGUCAUUAAAAAAUGUAUACUAAGUCAUUUGUUAUGACCAAUAGUAUCAAAAUACUUAUUCAUAUAAUAACUGUGACCAUAAACUAAAAAAAUACAAAAAUGUGAUAAAAGAAAUGUUAUAAUUUUUAUAUACAACAUUGAUAAUAUUGGCUUAUUAAUUUUAAAAGACUAAAUGGUAACAAAUUAUGACUCCCUUGGCAAAAUGCUGGUAAUGCUCACUCUAAUGAUUGUUUUUACCCAUGUUAAAUAAUAUAAUUGUGUGGACUGUGGAGAUAUAUCCAUAUCUAAAUAUGUCGCUGUACCAUAGUUAUUUUCUAUUUUGGGUUACUACAUAAACAAAGAAAUAUGUUUAAAUUUUUAUUUUUUUACACAGAAUAGUAAUCCGU